AUGAUUUCUAAACAUAAUACUAAUACUAAUGAUAAUAGUAAUACUAAUUAUGAUAAUGCUCUUUUUAAUUCUGAUGCAGAUAGUCAUAAAAAGUCAUCUCGAUCAAGUUUUAUACAACAACAUACUGACUUAAAUUUUGAUAAUAAUAAUAAUAAUAAUACAAUCGGUAUACGAAGUAGUGUUUCAAGUCAACGUUUAAUGGAACGUAGCAUUUUUAAUACAAUAAUUGGUGGUAAUCCAAAUCAACAUAGAACUAGUGGUUCAAUCGGUACAUUAUCAAAUGUUCAUUAUAAUAAAUCUAAUAAUCCAAAUACUAUUUUAACUAGUAAUAAUAAUAAUAAUAAUAAUACAAUGUCACCAACAACCACUACAGUGGAUAGAUCUAUCCUAGUUGAUCUUUUAUGUUGUACAUGUUGUACAAAUUCAGAUGAUGAAGAUGAAGCUUAUUCAAAUCUUAUUGAAAAUCAUCGUUUAGCUCGUAUUGUUACAAUGGGUGCUAUAUUAACUAUAUUAGGUUUAAUAUUUGCAUAUAUAAUACGUUCUGCAACUGAAACUCAAACUGUACCUAAUGCAUCAAGUACAACAGGAUCAACGCCAUCAUCUCCAGCAGCAGCAGCAACAACAACAACAUUAACAGUGGCUACAACAGUUACCAAUGUAACUGAUAUUGAAACAUAUUCUUCUUUUUUUACCACUACUAAUACUACAUUGAAUUUAAUAAUGAAUUCAACUUUAAAUCCUCAAUUCAUAAAACAAAUGAACAAUGUUUCAAGUUUCCUUAAUUUAACUCAUAAUGGUGAAUCGAAUUCAGUUAGAGUUUUAAAUGAUUCAUAUGUGUAUAAUCAUGUGAAUAGUAAAUUGAUAAGCACUAAUGAUGAUAAUAACAAUGAAUCACAUAAUCCAUCAUCAACAUAUUAAUUCACUUUUGUAUUCCUCUACUUCUACAUCUCACUCCUUCUCUUCAUAAUCAUCAUCAUCAUUAAAUCAUUUCCUCUUCAAUAAUUGACUUUAAUCAAAAUACUAGUAUUAUCAUAUCUGUAUACAACAAUUCAUUAUAUAAAUUGCUAUAAAUCACAUGUACACAAAUAAUGAUUUGUCUAGUCCUUUUUGAAUAACACUACUUAUAUCACUACUAGUAGUAAGAAUAUAUAUAUAUAUAUAAAUAAUAAGAUUCACAUUAUUGCAUAUUCAUGUAAUUAUCAUAAAAAAAUGAACAUUCCAACAAUUAUUACCUUGUGUAAAUCAGAUGCAUAUUCCACAUCUUUUAUUCCGUUUUAUUAUUAGAAGUUAUUGACCA